GGUAACAAAACUGACGCCUCCUCUAAUUUGGAGUUUGGACACACCAUCGAGCUGUAUCCGUAUCACUUAUGGACCCCGAAGCUCGCCAUCAGUUAUCCAUUGUGUAUUUUCUAGGACAUCACAUUCUUUUACUGUGGCCAUUCGGAAGAUUGCACCCUGAGCAUGCAGUGAUCUCUUCAUUAUGUGACGAUGAGCUGUGAGAAGCCUUGAAUGGGACGGAACGAGUUACUAUUCGCACGGUAAAAACCAACUAGCCAGAGGCCACGAGGGAGCCAGUGUUUACAGGGACCAUAGCAAAGUGCACCAUUAAAUAUUUCCAUCGACACCCAAAGAGAAACCUCGUGGCAUUCAAGAGGCCAGCAACCCUCUUUAAUUAGGGUCUAUCCCGCACAAACUAGCCCUCUCUGAUCAUUUAAGGGAUGCCCUAUACAUACUUCCCCAAGCUCCUCCUCCUCCUCCUCUUCUUCUUCUUCUUCUUCACUGAACUACUCCCUAACUUCUUGCUUCGUUUGACAUGUUUCUAGCAAAGAUCAAAUGGCUUCUUCUGAUACAAACAAGUUCCCUGCUUCUCAACAUAGUGUUGUGCACAGACCCGAUACUGCCAAAGAAGACUUACAUUGUCCAGAUGGAUAAGUCGGCGAUGCCGGGGUCCUUCUCCAAUCACUUUGAGUGGUACACAGCGAAGAUCAGCUCGGCGGUCUCCAACUUUGGGCACUCAGGCACAGGAGAUGCAGAACAGGAGAGGGUCAUUUACAACUACCAGCAUGCUUUCCACGGGGUCGCCGCUCGGCUCAGCGAAGAGGAGGCUGGUCAGCUUGAAGAAGAAGAAGGCGUGCUCGCUGUCUUCCCUGAGACUAAGUAUGAGCUCCACACCACGAGGAGUCCCAUAUUCCUCGGGCUAGCCCCCGGAGGCAGCAAGAAUGUAUGGUCUCAGAAUAUCAUGGACCAUGAUGUCGUAGUGGGAGUUCUCGACACAGGUAUUUGGCCUGAGAGUGCAAGCUUCAACGACUUUGGCCUCUCGACCAUUCCCGCCCAUUGGAGGGGAACCUGUGAGACUGGUAGAGCUUUUGACAAGCACCACUGCAACAGAAAAAUCAUCGGAGCGAGAAUGUUUUAUAAUGGAUAUGAAGCUGCUACCGGAAAGAUCAAUGAGGAGAAUGAGUACAAGUCCCCGAGGGACCAAGAUGGGCAUGGGACCCACACUGCUGCCACGGUGGCAGGUUCCCCUGUCCGUGGCGCAAAUCUCCUUGGGUAUGCUGCUGGAACUGCCCAGGGAAUGUCUCCUGGAGCGAGAAUUGCAGCCUAUAAGGUGUGCUGGGCUGGUGGGUGCUUCAGCUCAGACAUUCUCUCUGCUAUCGACCAGGCCGUGGCCGAUGGUGUCCAUGUCCUGUCGAUCUCGCUAGGUGGUGGAAUCUCCCCAUACUACCGUGAUAGCUUGUCAAUUGCCACUUUCGGGGCAAUGGAGAUGGGAGUCUUUGUCUCAUGCUCGGCUGGGAAUGGCGGGCCUGAUCCUAUCAGCCUCACGAAUGUGUCCCCAUGGGUCACCACUGUCGGGGCAAGCACCAUGGACAGGGAUUUUCCAGCAACAGUGAAGCUUGGGGCCCAGAGGACUGUUGCUGGAGUUUCUCUAUACAAAGGGCGUAGAUCCUUGUCGAUACAGAAGCAAUAUCCUCUGGUGUACAUUGGGAGUAAUGCCAGUAACCCUGAUCCCAGCUCACUGUGCUUGGAAGGAACUCUAGAUCCUCGAACAGUGAAAGGAAAUAUUGUCAUAUGUGACAGAGGAAUUAGCCCUCGUGUCCAGAAGGGCCAAGUGGUGAAGAAUGCAGGAGGAGUCGGGAUGAUCCUAUCAAACACCAAUGCAAAUGGGGAGGAGCUAGUCGCAGAUUGCCACCUCCUCCCAGCAGUCGCAGUUGGAGAGAAGGAAGGUAAGGCAAUCAAGCAAUACGCUCUAACAAGCCCGAAUGCCACUGCGACUCUCUCGUUCGCAGGGACGAAACUUGGAAUCCACCCGUCCCCAGUGGUGGCAGCAUUCUCCUCUCGUGGGCCAAACUUCCUCAGCCUAGAGAUCCUGAAGCCCGAUAUGGUGGCCCCUGGAGUGAACAUUCUUGCUGCCUGGACUGGAGAUUUAGGGCCGUCGAGCUUAACCACAGAUCACAGGAGGGUGCAGUUCAACAUCCUGUCAGGGACUUCAAUGUCAUGCCCUCAUGUGAGCGGGAUUGCUGCCUUACUGAAGGCUCGGCACCCCGAGUGGGGUCCAGCAGCAAUCAAGUCGGCCCUCAUGACGACCGCAUAUGUUCAUGAUAAUACCCGAAACCCUCUAAAAGAUGCCUCUACUAACUCACCUUCUACUCCGUAUGAUCAUGGUGCAGGCCACAUCAACCCAUUAAAGGCACUUCAUCCGGGUCUGAUCUAUGAUAUAUCAGCACAGGAUUACUUUGAGUUCCUCUGCACCCAGAAGCUGACCCCAACGCAGCUGAAGGUUUUCUCCAAGUAUGCAAACCGAUCUUGCCGCCACUCUCUCAAGGGUCCUGGUGACCUCAACUACCCGGCCAUUUCGGUCAUUUUCCCAGAGAAGGCAUCCGUCACUUCCAUGACCAUCCACAGGACCGUAACAAAUGUGGGUCCCCCAGUCUCGAACUACCACGUCAAAGUCUCACCCUUCAAAGGUGCUACCAUCAAAGUCGAACCCAAUAUCCUGAAGUUCAACAAAAAGAAUCAGAAAUUGUCUUACAAGGUUACAUUCACAACAGUAGCCAGGCAACCAAAUCCCGAGUUUGGAGGCUUAGUGUGGAAGGACGGAAACCACAAAGUCAGAAGCCCAAUAGUCAUCACGUGGCUUCCACCACUGUGAAAUGCCACAGGAAUUUAGGUAUGAAUGGAUCUCACUGGUUUUGCAAUAAGAGAAUUUCUUGUAAGGGCCAAUAAGGCCUGAGAUCGAAAUUAAUUUUCAUCGGAUGAAUCCUGUUAAUUGCAUUAACUUCUUUCAAGAAGGUUGUUCUGUUCAAUAGUGAAUCUAGGAUGGUUUGAGUUAAACUUGAUGAGAGAUAGUUUGAGUUACUCUGGGAGAGCUUUAUUUGAUA